AUGUUACAUUUUGGUACACCCAUAUCUUCGGACACCAAAUCCAGCACCACAGCUGCUGUACCCUUUGGUUCUCCAGUCCCAGCUUCAGGCACCAAAUCCAGCACCACAGCUGCUGUACCCACGUUUACUAUUCUAGCCACCAAAUCUGAUCGCAUAAGCAAAAAAAAACUGACAGAACCCAAGUUCUCUCUUGGAGCAGAAUUUCUACUCUUGCUGGAAAAUGACUGGAGAAAAAUGAAGUGGGGUGCAGAAGUGAGAGAGACACUGAUGGAGAGCGUCAGGUCAUUUCAACCCGCCGCUGAGACUGUUACCACGGCCAGGGUUCUGCUGAUCGGUCCAGUCGGUGCGGGCAAGUCCAGCUUCAUCAGCUCUGUCCAGUCCGUCUUCUCCGGUCGGGUCAUCAACAGGGCCAUGGUGGGCUCCUCAUCCUCCACCAGCUUCACCAAAAAGCUUCGCUCUUACAACAUCAGAGGAGCGGGAGAGAAAGCAGACGAGCCCACAGCUCUAGUCUUGUGUGACGUGAUGGGUGUAGGUGAAGGAGAAGGCACUGGACUCACUCUUCACGAUGCACUGUCUGUCAUUAAAGGACACGCACCAGAGGGACACCAGUUCAGUCCUGAGCAGCCGGUUGGAGCAGAGACUGCGGGCUUCGUAAGGAAACCGAGCACAAAUGAGAAAGUGCACUGUGUGGUGUUCGUGAUAGACGGCUCGAGGGUCGGUUCAUACGCCAAAAGCUUUGGCGCAACCUUCCAGCAGUUAAGAGAGCACAUCAGCAACUUAGGGGUACACCAGGUGGCCGUACUGACCCAUGUGGACCAGGUGUGCAGCGCCAGCAGAAGUGACAUCACCAAGGUUUACAGGAGCCAGGCUAUUCAGCAGGCGAUGGUGAAGGCCGGAGAGCUGCUGGGAAUGGCCACAUCCUACAUCGUCCCGGUGAAGAACUACUGCUCCGCGCUGGAUCUGGACCAAAACACUGACAUUCUCCUGCUCAAAGCCGUUGAUCAUAUCUUACAGUAUGUGAAUCUGUACUUUCAGGACAACAGCGAUUAAAGGAUUACAGUAAAAACUCACAUUUAAAAAAAUGCCCAAAAAAGAGUUCACCCCAGUUCUGUUCCAGUGACAUGUUGAGGCCAAAGCUUGUAUUUCUUUGCUAAAAUAUUGCUGGUGAUUUGAAUUUUUAUAAAACAGCUUUUACUAUUUAUAACAGUAUUUGUGAUGUUAAACUCUCUCCAUUAAUUAACACUGAAGUUUGACUAAAGCUUUGCUUUUAAUAAAGUUCGCUAUUUCUUUGCUCAAACCCACAGGAAUAACGUUGUAAUAAUGUAAUACUUUAUUA